AUGUUUCAUCAACCAUUUUUUGAACCUCCACCACAGAUGCCUGGUGUCCAGGUUGAGCCAGGUGCUCCUAUCCAGGAAGAACCAACACUGCAGCCACCUGCAACAUCUUUUCCUCCAGACACUCACACUCCUGUAUCUGAACAAUUUGACGACGUCACCUAUCUUGGCUCCGAGGUCACUGUAAUUCAUCGAGUCCCCAAUCAGACUGUCGCAAAUUGUUGGCGUCAGGAUGCACGUGGAGUCUUUCUCCAACAUCACGAGACAGGACGAGGCCGGUUUGAGAAUGAAAGUAGCAGCACCACACUUAGUUGUGCAGAUAGUUAUCAGGCCCAGCAAAAUGCUCGGGAAAAUGAAGGAACGGUUUGUGAAAAUGGAACGCGCGCCGUUACAGCAGACGCUGAGGACGUAACUAUUGUUUGUGUAGCCUCACAAAAACUCGAACCAACUGGCAGUGGGGAUAAAAAGUACUGUGGUCGACGACGACGAUCUUCUGAUGAAAGGGAUGAUAGGCAUUCAUUCGGGCGCCACCGCAGGCGACAACAAUCUACUCACUGCAUGUCUGAGGGCGAAGUGGACGGCAGGGAAGGCGGCGGGAGGCAUAAGAAGCACAGGUGGAGUCGACGUCGAAGUGAAGAACAACGGGGCGCCAGGACUCAUUCGCCAUCUUGCAACUGGGAUCAUUCCCAUGGAAGUUCAUGGACCCAUGUCACUGAAUGCGGUCAUACCAAUUCUUUACCUUCCAUGAAAAAGCAUUGGUAUCACAGUUCAAACUCUUCUCCAGUGCUUCGCAGACGAAAACCCAUAACUGGAAUGUUUGGUGCGAACCUUUUAGCCUCACAAAAGGAGGAACAGUGGUCAGACGGUGAACAAGUUCACUUGCGCCCCAUUAGUCCUAAUAAUUGUGGAAUUAUAGGUCUUUCAUUCAUUUGCCUGUUGGCCAUUGCCUGCCUUUUGUCGCCUAUUUUUAUGCUGUUGCUUCCUCUAAUCCUCUCUUUGGACCAUAUGGACACUCAGCAUUCACCGUUUUACUCAGCCUUCCCCAUUGCACAUAAUUGCAAUGUUCGUUGUGAAGCGGACCUGCUGUCAAUUUCCAUCAAAACAUUAUUACUAUGUUUAACCACAUGGAAGCUGUACGUCCAGCCAAUUGUCAGCGUAUGCCGUAGGUUACGAAUCCGACCACUUUCUGUCUCCGCACUGCUUAACCGCAAGUUUCGGGCGGUUGGAUGUUUCAGUCUAGAUUUUUCUCCCUUUGAUCCCGCCUGCCUUCAUCCUUUCCCUUCUACUGAGCGUUUGAUUGGACUCACACUGUCAGUGAAUCUUCUCGGCGUUGGAGCCACCUGUGCAUUUUGGGUGGCGUUUGUGGCACGUUGGAUGAGACGGAUGUUUCGAACGAGACCAGACCAUCUUUCCGCUGUAUCACAGGACCUCCAUGUUCAGUUUGGCAUCCCGGCCUCCCUGACACAUCCGUCUGACGCCUCCGACCAGAGUGGUCCUGCCAACACCUCCUAUUCCGGCCUUGCCAGCUUUGUGCUUACUUUCACAGAUACCCUCCUUUUACUGCACCUAGUAGCUGUAAUGCUUCGUACAUGGAAUUCCGUAAGAGGGGGAGACAGGCGCUUCGUUGUUCAAGUCGUUCGAUCACCAGAUGGAGUGAGCAAAACCUACCGUGUAGCUGGAGCUAGCCUCGAAGUUGUUGCCACACAUAUUAUCCAGAGGUACAACGUAGAUUUCCCGGUAGAAUGCAAGGUGUGGAUUGUGUGCAAUCUCUCCACCCCUCCCUCCCCUACUGUUUUCGCGAUUGUGCGCGCAAAGGUGAAGGUGGAGCCAACGCCCCCACCUAAUCACGACCCAGAUGGUUGGGUGACUCAUUCGUCUGAAUAUACGGACAGAAUCGAUGUGACAGCCAAACAGCUCUGUCUGGGUAGCAUGCGUGAUGAUUCGAGACUGCCGAAGUCUUACGUGAUGCCUUCCGCCCAUUCGGCUGAGAAUCUCCACCUGGGGCUUCGAAUCCAAGCUAUCCUAAUCGUGAAACAGCGCUAUGCUGCCGGCGCCUUUACCAAGAGGAAGAUUUUAACAGCGUGGUAUUCUCGCACUUCCCCAUCUUUCCGUCACCACAAUCUGUAUGACGCUCAGGUGGCCAGCGCUCCAUACCGGUAUAUUCGCAUCUCCCCCGACUCACCAGAGAACGAAAGCUCCAGAGCCCACUCCCGUCGGGCCUCACUUCGUUUGCGACGAAAACUGGCAUCUUUUUCCUGUCUCACGCAGGAAGAGCAGGAGUAUCAAAUGAAACGUUGUAGCAGUGCGGGUGGUGGAAGUUUCUUCAAGUUCUAUUCCCUAGAUGGUCCCGACGUCUGCUCAACAGCCGCGGAGUCCUUAACGACCUUGAAGGGUGGCGUCAACGAUGGCGAUGGUGGUGGCCGCAAUGUGGCCACCCUUUGUGCCGACCGAUACCGCAGCGAAGUGGAAUUUGAGAGGGUGGUGCGAAAACGACGGAUGCGGUUGCUGCUCGCCACAGAGAAGGCGUUCACUGGAGUGUUGGCUGUUUCGCCUGACGAGAUCAGUGUACCUGGACGCUGUGGGUCGAUGACUCCUCGCCAAGCAGCACAACUUCUCUUCCCCAAAAUCAUCGUCCCCCUUCAAAAGUACCUUCGUGUAACUCGUCUUCAACACCUGCAUCCACCAGACUCCAUUCUCUCUCGCUUAGCCAUCUGCCUGUCUCAUUCGGCUUCUCCAGAGGCCUUCCUUUCAAUUUUUCGCGCCAGAGAGCCAAGUACAACUGUUUUUUCUGCUUUUCUGGCUCCGAAGAGGCCCACUGGCCACACUAAAGUUCAAUCACCCACUACUUGCUGUGGAUCAUCACCUUCAAAGACCAUCCUCGCUCAGUCUUGGCACCUUCACAUCUUGGACUCCGAAGAGGGGUCACCAGCAAUGCUGCUGAAACCGGGCACGCGGUUCUAUUUGUAUCGGGCAGGUGUCAUGCUAUUCUGUCAGAUUCAACUAGAGCCCCUACUCUGCAUUAACAGAAUUUAA